GAAGUAGAUAAAGGAAGGAAAUGCACAGAGGCAGACAGAAAUAGGGAAGCAAUGAGAAUACAAAGCUCAGUCCUAUUCGCUGCCACGCACAAAAUCCCAGCGCAGAUUUUAAGAUGAUGUUUUUGCUUGUGCUGAUAAUGCUGACAGCAUGUGCUGCAAGUCCUCAAGAUCUGUCAAAUAAAAUGUUCACCUUUCCACAGCAAACCAACAGAGCUCAUGUGAGGCUGAAUACAACAAUGCAGGAUUUCAGUGCUGUAACCGUCUGUCACAGGUCCUUUACAGACCUCAAAAGAGACCACGGCCUUUUCUCUUUGGCCACACCCUCUAAUCAAAAUGAAUUCCUGAUUUUCUGGGAUGAUACACAUAAGGAGAUGGAGCCCCAUAUUAGGAACGGAAAGGCAGAAUAUGGUGGAUGGGACUACAAGCCAAACAUGUGGCACUCUAUUUGUACCACAUGGGACUCUGCUUCUGGACUGGUGCAGCUGUGGUUUGAUGGACAACCUUCGAUUAGGAAAUUCAUCACCUCUGGAUCAAACAUCAGAGGAUCGCUGAUAAUUAUUUUAGGACAGGAGCAGGAUUCCCAUGGCGGUGGGUUUGACAUUAAGCAGUCUUUUGUUGGCAUGAUGACUGAUGUCCAUAUGUGGGACUACGUCCUCUCCCCCUGUGAGAUCCACAACUAUGUGGAUGAACUAAACUUCACUCCAGGGAAUGUGCUCAACUGGAGGGCACUGGACUUCCAGAUUGUAGACAGGGUGCUAAUAGAGGAUAAAUUCAAGACAUGUCACUGAAAAUUUAAAACAAGACCAUCACAAACCUCAGAAAAUUAUUUCAUAUUUUCUAUGCUGUUACGUAAAAUUUAUAUAGUAUAAAUUACCAAUUCUAUGUUAAUCAUUGUUUAGUAAAGAAUAGGUUUAGAUUUUUUCAACUCUAUCAUAAUAAAAUAAUCACAGUUAGAGAGUUAUUUUUCAUCACUUUGAUUAUUUUACCUGUUCUUUCUGUAAAGAGAUCACUUCCUAAUAUGACUGUGCUGUAAAAGAUGGGGAUGUCUCAAAGGUAUUGGGAUACAUCAUUUCAGUUAAAGCUAUAAUAGGGGUUCAGUAGUCCUGAGUUAGCCAAAUUAAAUAGAUUUUUACAAUAAAGUUGUUCUGAGAAGGUGCCACUUGACAGCUAGUAUGGAGAGGAGGAAUGAUUAUGAUGACUCUCAACAUACGUGCAAGUUGUAAUGGCUCAAAUGCAGAACUUACAGGCAGUGAAAGUAGACUGAAAGCUUAGUUUACUAUGUUGUUGAUCACAAAAAUGUUAAGUCACAGACAGGCAAAAGUCUAAAUGGCCGGAAGCUGGUUGACAGACUGGCAACAGCACUAAAAGUGUAGAAAAGUUAUAAUUAGCUGACUUGCUUGUAAAAAAAAUCCAUAUUUUUCAGUUCAUUGCAAGACAAAAUUUCUUUACGUGUUAUGCAAUUGUUUAUGAUCACUAACAUUACGUCCUGAUCUGGUUUCAUUUUUUAGUCAAUCAAUAAAAAGGUGAAGAAAAAAAUAAAAACACUGAAUUGAAGGACCACA